ACUUUUGUGCAAAGACCAAUAUUUUCUCUCUCGUCUCUCUCCCUCUCUCUCUCUCUCUCUCUCCCUGUAUCUCUCUCUCUGAAACCUAUACAUACAAGCUAUACAUACACACACAACAGAGAAACAGCGAGCGGGCGGCGAAAUCUGGCAGUUGAGGGAAUGAAUGGAAAGCUCAUCGAGUAGAUUGAGAGAAGAUUGAAUCGGGGGUAAAAUGGGGAAAUUGGCGGUGGGGCUCGCGGUGGGAGUGGCGGUGGCGACGAGCGGAAUAGCGGCGGUGAUGGUGGGGAAAAGAGUAAGUAGCAGACGAAAGUGGAGGAAAGUGGUGCGAGUAUUGGAGGAGUUGGAGCAAGUUUGUUCAACAUCAGUAGAGAGAUUGAGACAAGUUGUUGAUGCCAUGGCUGUUGAGAUGCAUGCUGGGUUGGCUUCUGAAGGUGGGAGUAAGCUCAAGAUGCUUCUCACUUUCAUCCACAAUCUUCCCACUGGGGAUGAGCAGGGAACAUAUUAUGCUUUAGUUCUUGGAGGUACUAAUUUUAGGGUCGUGAGGGUUCGACUCGGAGAAGAAAAGUCAUCUAUACUUAAACGUGAUGUGGACCGGAAACCAAUUCCGGAACAUUUAAUGACAAGUACCAGUGAGGAACUUUUUGAUUUUAUUGCAUCAUCCUUGAAGGAAUUUGUUGAAAGGGAAGAAAAUGUCGUGGAAGUUUCACAAGUUAAAGGAAGGGAGCUUGGCUUCACAUUUUCAUUUCCCGUGAAGCAGUUAUCUGUUUCAUCUGGCACUCUAAUUAAAUGGACAAAAGGAUUUUCUAUCCCAGACAUGGUUGGAAAAGAUGUUUCUGCAUGUUUACAACAAGCAAUAUCCAGAAGAGGUCUUGAUAUGAGGGUAGCAGCACUUGUGAAUGAUACUGUGGGAACAUUAGCACUAGGUCACUAUCAUGACGAGGAUACAGUUGUAGCAGUGAUAAUUGGGACUGGUACCAAUGCCUGCUAUUUGGAGCGUGCAGAUGCUAUUAUCAAAUGUCAAGGCCUUCUUACUACAUCAGGAGGCAUGGUAGUCAAUAUGGAAUGGGGGAACUUCUGGUCAUCUCAUUUGCCCAGAACAAGUUAUGACAUUGAUUUAGAUGGCGAGAGCCCAAACUCGAAUGAUCAGGGUUUUGAAAAAAUGAUAUCAGGGAUGUAUCUAGGUGAUAUUGUUAGAAGGGUUAUUCUUAGGAUGUCUUUGGAGUCGGAUAUAUUUGGGCCUGUAUCGUCUAAGUUAUCAGAACCCUUUAUUCUGAGGACACCCUUGAUGUCUGCUAUGCACGAGGACAAUUCUCCUGAUUUGAGGGAGGUAGCCAAUAUUUUGAGUGACGUCCUGGGGAUUUGCGAGGUACCAUUAAAGGUUAGGAAGCUAGUUGUAAAUGUAUGUGAUGUGGUUACUCGUAGGGCUGCCCGGUUGGCAGCCGCUGGUAUAGUUGGAAUCCUGAAGAAGAUUGGACGGGACGGAAGUGGUGGGAUCACAAGUGGAAGAAGUAGAGGUGGAACAAGUAUUAAGAUGAGGAGAACGGUUGUGGCUGUUGAGGGGGGACUGUAUACAAGCUAUGCACUUUUCAGAGAGUACUUAAAUGAAGCCGUUGCUGAAAUUUUAGGAGACGAUAUUUCUCCUUAUGUUACACUGAAGGUCAUGGAAGAUGGAUCAGGUAUUGGGGCAGCUCUUCUUGCUGCUUCUCAUUCAGCCCCCAGUGUGGAUACGGUACAGUUGCUAUAAAUGUAUAUAAAUAUAGAUAUAUAUUUAUAUAUUGAUAUAUAGCCCUGUAAAUUGUAGGAAUCAUUAUCUUCUAUUCUUCAUAGUAUAUAAUAGAAGGGAAGGUCUUAUGUGUUACAUAGUAGGUGUUAUUUAUUUAUUUAUAAAUAUGUCAAGGAGGUGACAAUUUUAGCUAUUAAUUCCAGAAGUUCUAUUCAUUUUUUGAAUUGCUCA